AUGGACCACCAUAACUCACCAUCGGUCGAUUUGCUCGUCGAGAACCUGUCUGGCGUCCAGGAUCUCGUCAAGUCCACACAUCAAACCUUGCUCUCCAGACAGGACCAUCUGAAUCUGCCUGUCAAGACUUUCCUUCGCGCCGCGUCGGGAAAGCUCCACACAGCAUUAAUGCUGAUCGAAGACCUGAGAAACCCGAGCCAGACCAUUCAGAGUCGCCUGGCAAACCGGGUUGACGGCGAUCUCGCCCACGUAGAGGCCUGCAAACAAGCCCUAUCAGGCUGGCAGGUGUCGACCCAACAGCCCGCCCAGGACGUCUUGAAAACGCUCCAAGCACUCUGCAUCCACCUCGACAUUGCCCAACAGGCGCAAACCUUCGUUGCUUUUGUCAAGUGUCUCUCGGUCCAGUUCCAGGAGCACCCAGACAGGGCGAGCAUUCCUGUUCAGGGCCCGCAGACAGAGCAGGAGUCGGCAGACUCUUUGGAGGAAGUCAAGGCGUCUCUGGACCUGAUAUUGAGCUCCAAAUUCGACCAAAAGGUUGGUUGUCUGUACGACUAUAGGCAGUUGGUCCUGAGAAGGAAUACUGACUUUCCUUCCUACUCCAAAGGCUGUAUAACCUGGUUAGGCUACGCAGAACAGUACUGGCCGCAGCUCGGGGACCGAAUCUUGCGCUUGUUCCAUGCGAAAAAGACGUGCAACUUCCAGCACUGGAUCUUGGAGUACUGCCAGCAGAGCUACCCCGAGAUCUAUGGCCUUGGGACUAGUGCAACGCCAGAAAGGUCCCUGUUGGUCCUCAUCUCGACCAUCAUCGAAUCUUCUGUCUCUCCGCUGCAUGUCGCUGCUGCCCUCGGUCUCGCACAAGUAUGCAAGCAUUUGAUCGGACAAAAUCUCGACGAGAACCGGCAAAGCCCCCUCGGGACGCCAUACUACUGUGCUCUUAUAGGGCCGAUGGCAUUGCUAGCCCAAAAGGACAGUCCUGUGAACAUGGUGCAGUGGCCAUGUCCCAGCAUCGCUCAGAUGGACACUCUCUAUGCGUUCGAAAAUAGCAUGUGCUGGACCGACGUCGAGUCUGACAGUGUCCUGGCCCCGCUUUCGUUACCAAACUUGAUCUUUCUUGUCUGCCUGCGUCUGGGAUCGACUGAGCUGUAUCAGCACUUCUUCUCUCUUGAGCAUCUCGAAAGCUUGCCGGAAGUCAUAAUGGACGCAUCUUACACCCAAGUCCCGUGGGGUGCCCCAGACUCCGAACGCGCGAAAGCAUUCCUCAGCACGACUCUCCCUUAUCUAUUCGACACAGUUCUCCCCGAAUUCGAGGAGGUCCACGCAUCUGAGGUUCUCAAUGGUCUCUGGGAUGUCAUGAAUAAGAUGUGUCUUGACAUGACGGUCGGCAAAGCGAGGACGCAGGUUGCCCUCAUCGAGGAUUACGAAUUCUUAGACAUUGCCAGACGAGCGCUGCGCCAUUAUGAAGAGCCGGUCGUUCUAAGGCUGAUCCAGGACCCCCGGUGGAAGCCUGAUGCAAUCCGGACUUCUGACGGUUCGCCGAUUCUACAUUCGCUCGUCGUGGACGACUCGAUAGACAUGAUUGAAGCAGUCGUCGACUCGGGCGCCGACAUACACAUCAGAGACGACGAGGGUCAGACGCCCGUCAUGCGUUGUGAAUCUGUCUCCACCCUUGCCUUCCUGGUCAGCCACGGUGCUCGUCUGGACGACGUCGACGACCAAGGUCAGAACAUAUGGCAUAUAUGCGCCGCCAAUUCUGACCGCGGCAUGCUGGAGUGGCUGGUGGAACACGACCCGCACAUGAAGACCAGCUUGGGCGUCUGCAUGCGCGGCGGCCGCACGCCAACUGCUCAGGCCAUGAUCCACGUUCUGUUUGAGCUCACCAAGGUCGAUCCCGAUGGCCCUACCGACAUUUGGGGCGAGGCGCUCCACCGCCGUGCCGAGUUUUGUCUCGACAAGCUCCUCUCCUUCUGCAAGACAGAACCCUCCUAUCUGCAAGCUUCUGAUUAUUCUCUGAUCCACGUCGCUGCUGAAUGGGGGCGUAUGGGGCCAAUGGAAGCUUGCCUACAGUCAGGCAAUGUCAAGAUGGACGCUCUGGACGGAAAUGGGAACUCGGCCCUCCAUUUGAUCAACUUUGCUGCCGAUUCCGAAGCCGUCUGUUUCCUGCAGAAACAGUGCGCCAGUGCUCCUAUUCAAAACAACAAGGGCUACACGCCAGCCGAAACGAUAUUCUUCAAUUUCGACAGAGCCUUCUCAGCGCUCUCGCUUGAUUCGUGUCUCUCUUCUCAUCCCGCAUCGAGCACCCACCUGCAAUUCGAGGCGUACCUGCUUUUGUUGACUCCAGAAGUCUUGUCAUCGGAAGAUGCGGCCGGCCGCCAGCUCUGGGAGAGAUUCAUCGUGGACAUUGUCCACGGUUGGUCGACUCGCGUCGCGGGGGGCCGGCGCGCUAAUAGGCGCGCCUUCCCCUCAUUGCUUUGUGCUGCAGCGUGCCUCGUCGCCAAGGGGGCGCUGGCUUCGUGGAGGAAAUGCGCAGGUGCUGACGCGGACCCACUGUUUGGGAUCAAGGAAAGCGAACACUGGAAAUCUGAUCGAUAUUGGAGGACCUGUGUGCAGAAGAUCGAAGCCGAGGUCAACGAUGAUUCAGGGUGUUUCCCGGGCAGCGGGCUGAAGCGAUCACGGUCAGCAUCAGAUGCGGGUACUCGAAGAGCCAAUACGAAUGGGGGUGGCAGACAACGCACGCCGCAGUCUGGACGGCCCCGGCACGGAUCACGACAGGAAGACCUAGAGGAUUGA